UAAACUCCAAUCAUGUCUCUCUUCACGUCUUUCUUAAGUUGCUUUGUUCCAAAAUCCAGCUCAAGGAUUAGUUCAAUCAAUGGUAGUAUCCCGAAAGGCUUGUCGUUGGAGAAGCCAAAAAGCAAAUCUGAAUCUCUUAGAGCUCCAAUCAUUGUAUCUUAUUUCCCCGUGCCCGUGGCUUCAAUGCUUUCGCGUUUGUAAGAAGUGUGGGAAGGUCAUUGGCAUAUUUGUUGUCAAUUUGUCAUGUGAGACUUUUUGUUUUAUUCCUUUUGUUUGGUUAUUUGCAAAUUGUAAUGGACCACCUACCUAGGUUUGAUAACAUCAUAUUUAGGUCUGGCAACAAAAUUAUAUGCUUUGUAUUCAAUCCAAAUAAAAAUUAAUAACGUUUACAUAUUUUGUAUAAUUUAAUCAAUCUUAGGAGGAUCAAGAGUGUGAAUCCAGAGAUAAGUUUUCUAGAGGGGACUUUUAGAAUGGUCCUGGGCAUGAAUAGUUCUUAAGAUAUACAGCAGUAUUAUGUUAGUAGGAUAAGAAUUGCGCCUUGCACAUAAUAAAUUUAUAUAAAAAUUAUUUAAAAAAUAUUAUACGGAAAAAUAAAUUUAUAUUCUUGAUUGAAUUAAUAUUUUGGUCUUUAAACAAUUUUUUAAAACUUUUUGUUAAUUACAUAAUUUGUUUAUUGAUGAGCUGAUCCCAUUAAAAAAAAUUAGGUAAAAAAAUCACUUACCGCAUAAGAAACUAACGUUUAGGUCGAAAAAUCUCGGGUAAUGAAACUAUGUCAGCUCAGUAUUAUAUCAUGAUUUUGUAAUUUAAAAAUUAAUUAUGGUUAUGAGAAGUUUACGUUCACAUUGUCAAUCCUAUAUAUCUUCAAUAUUUUUUUCUUUUUUAUUUUGGUUAUUGUUCGAUAUAUAUAUUGAUUUUGAAGUUUAUUCUCAUUUCGUUUGUUUGUUUUUACCUGGGAUUUACAAAAUGCCUAUGAUUUAAAAUAAUUAAAGUGAUACAUACUUAAGUUAAAAUCUGCACUUUUUGCAGAAUAAAUAUUUUAUAUUUAUUAUUUAUUUUAUGUUUUUCUGCAUAUUAAUAAGUAUAUAUAUUAAAUAACUAAGAAAUCAGUUACUAUUAUGUAAUAAAUUG